GUUCCAGGGAGGACAAAAGGCGGCGAUGGCGGCGGCUUCUCUGGGGCGGAGAGCCCUGCUCGGGUCGUGGCUGCUCCUGGCGGUCCAGGUUGGGCUGUGCCCUGCGCCUUGGUGAUGGUGAUGGUGCUGCUGCUGUCACAGCCUCAGUGCACUAGGAAGAGGUCUGCAGGGUCUGCUCAGCCCACAAAUCUUGUUUCUGCGCUGGCAGAAGGUCUCCUGUGAGUUUGGCAUGGUCCGCGUCUUCUCCGAGAAGGGGAGUUCCAAGGGGAAGGACUACUGCAUUCUCUUCAACUCCCAAUGGGCUCAUCUGCCCCAUGACCUGGGCAAGGCGUCUCUGCUGCAGCUGCAGGACCAGACGGUCUCCGUCCUGUGUGCUCCUUCAGACGUUCCCGACGGCGGCUUCAGCAGCACCAUCCCCAUGGUCAUGCGGGGCAACUGCACCUUCUAUGAGAAAGUCCGGCUGGCCCAGAUCAACGGGGCAAGGGGGCUGCUGAUCGUCAGUCGAGAGAGGCUGGUCCCGCCGGCCGGCAACCGCAGUCAGUAUGAGGAGAUCGACAUCCCAGUGGCUCUGCUGAGCUACGCGGACAUGCUGGAUAUUGGCAGGAGCUUUGGGCCCUCGGUCAAGGUGGCCAUGUAUGCCCCCAACGAGCCAGUCCUGGACUACAACAUGGUGAUCAUCUUCGUGAUGGCUGUGGGGACGGUGGCCGUCGGAGGCUACUGGGCAGGGAGCAGGGAUGUCAAGAAGCGGUACAUGAAGCACAAACGGGAUGACGGAGUGGAGAAGCACGAGGACGAGACAGUGGACGUCACCCCCAUCAUGAUCUGUGUCUUUGUGGUCAUGUGCUGCUCAAUGCUCGUCCUGCUCUAUUACUUCUACGACCACCUAGUGUAUGCCAUCAUUGGGAUUUUCUGCCUGGCGGCUUCCAUCGGCCUCUACAGCUGCCUCUCCCCGUUUGUCCGAAGGUUUCCUCUGGGGAAAUGCAGGGUCCCUGACAACAACCUGCCCUACUUCCACAAGCGCCCCCAAGUGCGCAUGUUGCUCCUGGCUGUCUUCUGCGUUGCCGUCAGCCUGGUCUGGGGCAUCUUCCGCAAUGAGGACCAGUGGGCCUGGAUUCUGCAGGACGCCCUGGGAGUUGCCUUCUGCCUUUACAUGCUCAAGACCAUCCGCUUGCCCACCUUCAAGGGCUGCACGCUGCUCCUCCUGGUCCUCUUUGUCUACGACGUCUUCUUCGUUUUCAUCACGCCAUACUUGACGAAGACAGGAGAGAGCAUCAUGGUGGAAGUGGCUGCUGGCCCGACAGACUCCGCCACUCAUGAAAAGCUUCCAAUGGUGCUGAAGGUGCCCCGACUCAACUUCUCUCCGCUGGCACUGUGUGACCGACCCUUCUCCCUCCUGGGAUUCGGGGACAUUCUGGUUCCAGGGCUCCUGGUGGCCUACUGCCAUCGCUUUGACAUCCAGGUCCAGUCCUCCCGGGUCUAUUUUGUCGCUUGCACCAUUGCCUACGGCCUGGGCCUCCUGGUGACAUUUGUGGCGCUCGCUCUGAUGCAGAAGGGGCAGCCGGCGCUGCUGUACCUGGUGCCGUCCACACUCCUCACCAGCUUCGUGGUGGCGCUCUGGCGCAAGGAGCUGCCCAUGUUCUGGACGGGCAGCGGAUUUGCGAAAGACCUACCUCAGCCCCCCUUGGUGAUCUCCCCAGUCAGCUGCCCUGCGGCCCCCAAGGAGGAGGCUUCUCCGUCGUCUGGCCCAGAAGCCAAGGACCAACCAGCCACCCCGACUCCCGUGGAAGAGAUGGUCGGUGGCGGCAGCCCCGUGGACGACGGAGGAGAGGCGUCUGGCUCUGCCCCCUUCCUGGGAGAGGAGCAGGAGGAGGCGGUAGCUGCACAGACUGAGCCCACAGAGGCUUCCCCACAGCCGCCCCAUAUAGAAGGGCCUGGCGCUUGGGAGGACGGGAUCAAGAGCCCCUCUGACUAGGAGACCCCUUUCACCCCCAUCCCUCCCUCCCUUCCCCAUCGCAGACUAACUUGAGACUAACUAUGAGACAGACUCUGCCGCCUUUCGCACCCAGCACCGACGCGCACCACGUUCCUUUGGCCAUCGAGCGCCGGGAAACUGCGUGUGAAGAAGAGGACAGGCGCUUCACUUCUGGCAUCCCCCCUUCCCCAAAUAUGGUGCUUAAUGAAGGUCCCGGUUAGAAUUUCAGCGAUAGUUUAAAAGCAAAAUAGCAGAAGCCUUUCCCUUCCUGUUUCAUGAUGCUGGGAUAGUAUUCAGAUAACUUUUCCUAGGAAAACAUAGGCAGUAUUUUGAGCUUGGGGGGGGGAUGGAUUGUGCUGGCGUUGCUUUAGGAUCACUGGGUGGUGAAGAGAGGAGGGGACCCCCACCCCGCUUCCUGCUUCAUUUCUGGCCGUGUCUGGGCUGGAUUCUGUUGCUUCCAAAAGAGCUUCUCUCCCCCCCCCCCAAAGGAUCUCUGGUUUCUGCCAUUCGCUUUGCUUCAUUUGCCCUCCCACCGCACACUUUGGCUGCAAAGGCCACUGGAAAGGGUCUGCUCCACCUUCCUUUGGGGGCACCACCUCAGAGCUUGUGCUGUGGGGGGCGCUGGUCCGCUCUGGAGCUGCUCUGGGAAUCUUCUGCGUGAGACACCCCCCUCUCCCACCUUUGGCAACAGGGCAGCCCAGCCCUGGGGGAGGAGGGGGCUGAUCCUGUGUGGACACCCCCUCCCUCCUAUCUGGGUCUCUUUUGGGGGGGCCCUUUCCCCUCUGUGGGUCUUUCUGUGUAUCUCUCCCCCCUCCUAUUAUAUCAUGUCGCUUGUUGUUGGUGACCCUUUUUUUGUUUUCUGGACUCAGAUGCAGCAGCUCUGCCACAUCUCCCGGCUUCUGCAGAGCACAUCUCGGGGGGGCUGCAGCCACCACCUCCCCCUUCCUGGGUCUGGAGGGGGGGCUUCCUUCCCCUCCCCUUUUGCUUGUGCAGAAUGAUGGACGCUUGUCUUAGACACUGCAGGAUUAUGCCUUAAUUUAAGCCAUUUUAUAAAUAACGUAUAUGGGACUUUUAUUUUACAAAAGCCGGUUGGGAGAAUAAACUUGACAAAGCAUCAGUCGUGGACACAG